AUGCCUUCCCAUGAAGGCCUAGGGGCCGGGACAAGCGACAUGUCCAUGAGCGAUGCCAUGGGCUCGCCCCAAAAGAUAGGCUUCGUCAGAAACAAUCCGGAGUACGGCUACCGGUCAGUUGUCGAAGGCACUGCCGCUGCCGAUGGCCUACACCGAUUGCCCAUAGACUCCAUCCGCGAGCAUGAUUUUCCUAGCCUUCUACAGCCAGUAAUUGACGCCACAGCGACAACGUCAACCCGUCGGCGGCGGCAGCAACACCAGCAGCAGCAGCAACAACAGGUGGACCUGGUUUACCUCGAUCACGCAGGGGCGACCCUCUCCGGGGUCUCCCAGCUGAGGGAGGCUAUGGAGCCCUUGCUUGCCGGGGCCGUGCACGGGAACCCGCACUCUCAGGGUCCCGUCGCAACCGUUACCGGAGAACGCAUCGACGCCGCCCGCCACGCCGUCCUCCAACACUUUGGCGUGUCCCCCCAAGAGUGGAGCGUGGUGUUCACUUCGGGCGCGACCUCUGCCCUGAAGAUGGUCGGCGAGCAGUUCCCUUGGCGACGACAUCGAAGGGGAAGCGGAAGGGGGGGGUCCCGUUUCGUCCACGCGCGGAGGAGCCACAGCUCGGUUCUCGGCAUCCAGUGUAACGCCACGGGCUUACGUGCCGACCUGGGCAUCGCCGGGCGCGUGAAGCAAGGGGCCCUCUCUACGCCCGGACAUAGCUGCCGGCGCUCCCACGGCCGACAUCGCCGGAACUCCGACUGUCGCCAUGGCGGCCAUCUUUCUUGUUCUCACCAUGACUGCGGAGAAUUCGCUAUUCCUCGCCAUGCCACCUCACCAGGCCAUGUCAGAAACACCCAUGCCGAUAGCGAUAGAGGCCGGCGAGCUCUGGAGGGGCUCGACUCUGACCGUCUCGACGACACCAACGAUUCCGGAGAAGAGGGAAGAAGAGAUGACGAUGAACCGGCUAUUUCGGGCGACAGGCCACGACGAAGGCGGCGGCGGCGGCGGCGGCGGCGGCUCGUGGAACGGUGGUGGGUGCUGCUAGACGCAGCAAAGUUUGCGGGCACGGCGUCGCUCGACCUGUCCAGCGUCGAGGCGGAUUUUGUUUGUAUAUCUUUCUACAAGAUGUUCGGCUACCCGACCGGCCUUGGCGCCCUGAUCGUUCGCGAGAGCGCCGCGCACGUGCUCCGAAAGCUUUACUUCGGCGGCGGCACCGUGGCGGCCGCCCUUGCCGGCGGCCCGUUUCGACAGCUUCGUCCGGAAACGGAACGGCGGCUCACCGACGGCACCGAAAACUUUCUCGGCGUCUUGGCUCUCCAGGCGGGGUUUGGGGCGCUGACACGCGUCGGUGGAAUGCAGGCAAUCGCCACCCACACGUCGUCCCUGGCGCGCUAUCUAUACGCGCAGCUCUCAUCGCUGCGGCACGCGAGCGGAGAGCCGGUGCUCAGGUUCUUCGGCAGGUGGGACGGGGAGGCAUCGGGGGCGGGGUCGGCACCACCGGCAUCAGCACCGCCACCACCAGCAGCACCGCGACAGGCGCCACCGUCAACAGUGUCGCCAACGAUGUCCCCUGCUAUGGCGGGGCCGAUGGAGUCGGGGGGCGAUUUACCGAAUGUGUCAGGCGCAGCAGAGAGAAGGAACGGAAACAACGGCCGCCCAUUCCAAGAGACGCGAGAGGCGGAGCAACGACGGGAAGCAGAAGCCGACGGGGUCGGGGCAGAAAAAGCGGGCCAGGGAGUGGCCGACACCGAAAUAAAGCGACACAGCCUGUUCGUGGGGCAGGGGCCGGUGCUAACGAUGGCCUUUCUCCGGCCAGGCGGGCAGCACGUCGGGCACGCGGAGGUGGAAAAGAUUGCCAGCCUCGAGAACAUUCAGCUGCGGACGGGCUGUUUCUGCAACCCGGGGGCGUGCCAGUCGGCUCUCGGCCUGACGGAUGACGAUGUUAAGGAGCACCUGGAGCGAGGCCACGUCUGCUGGGACGAGCACGACCUCAUCGACGGCCGGCCUACCGGCCUGGUUCGAGUGUCGCUGGGGUGGAUGUCAACCUGGGAGGACGCCGCCGCCUUCGUGACCUUCGUUAGGAAACACUUCGUCUCCACGACACCGCUGCAGACAGGGCCCCUCCUCUCGCCUCAAAAGCCUCCAUCCGGCGAGCUCUCACCGUCGCACCGCGCGGAGGACGACGCGCUGCCGGAGGCCACGGACCGAUCAACCCGACCCCGUCAUUACCUUGAAGCCAUCUACGUCUACCCGAUCAAGUCUUGCGCGCCGCAGCGAGCGGGAGCGCCCCCACCAACGCUGUUGCGCCCGCGCUCUUCUUCUUCUUCUGCGAGGGAGCCGGCUUCACCCGAGCCAGGCAGAGACAGCGGCGGCAGCAGCCGUAGCCGCAGCGGGGGUGUAGGUGGUGGCAGCGGCGGCUCCGGGCGGCGGGGCGUCGACGGUGGAGGGGUUGCGACAGGGCGGGGCAGGUGGCCUCUGGGCCCUUUGGGGCUGGCGUACGACCGGGAGUGGGCCGUCGUAGACGGCCGCGAUCGAGCUCUCCGCCUGAAGCAGGUGCCUGACAUGUGCCAGAUCAGACCAUUCGUGGACCUGGCUUCCGGCACGCUUACCGUCACCGCUCCGAGGAUGCCUGACCUGGUUCUCCCGCUGGGGUACUCGGGAGGCGGUGGUGACGGUGCCGGCGAUGCCCGCUGCUGGCGCGGAGAAGGAGGCGGCGACACGGUCGUUCGCGUGUGCGGUAACCGGCGGGCGGGAGUGACCUGCGCCGCGUCGGCGUCCGCCUGGUUCACGCGGUUUUUGGGCGUGCCGUGCUCGCUCGUACGUGCCGCUGCCGUCGAUUCCAGCGCUGCCGCCGAGGGUACCGCUGCGGGCAGGGGCGGCGGCGGCGGCGGCGGCGGCGGCGAUUGGUCUAGUCACAACAUGGCUGACAUUCCUCCCCUGCACAUGAAGGAGGACAACGACGGCGGCCGAGCCGUGAAAACUGUUAUGCCGUGGUUUCCGACGGCGAUGGGGUUGUUGGGCGCGUGGCGCUCGUCGUCGUCACCGGCGCCGGCCGCGGAGGGUGGCGUCGGGGGAGAAGCGGAAGACGCCGCUGCGAGCAACAGGGCGUUCGCGAACGAAGCCCAGUUCCUUCUCAUCUCUCGGGCCAGCGUGGCCAAGGAGGACGGCGGGGACGAUGGUGGCGUUGCUCCCAGGAGUCGCGGGGGGAGCCGCCAAGAGCAGGUGACAACGGCCCAUUUCAGGCCUAACUUCGUUGUUGAAGGAGUUCGGGCGCACGAGGAGGAUGGGUGGAAGAGCGUCCGCAUCGGCGAAGCUUUGCGGCUUCGCGUCACCGGACCCUGCAGCAGGUGGAGGUGCUCCAUGAUCAACAUCGACCCCGAAAACGGGGACACGUCGGGCGUCGCGCUCAGGGUCCUGGCGGGUUACCGGCGGGAGCGGGCCAACAUCCUCUUCGGCCAGUUCCUUGCCCUGGACCGGCAAUCCCUGCCGCCGUGGGGGCCUCCUCCGCCUCCUCCACCCGCCUCCGCCUCUCCUCGAAACCCCGAAUCAGAAAGCUGCAAAACCGCCAAUAAUGGUGGGGGCGGUGGCGGUGGCGGAGAGGAAGACGGAACAACCGAGGCCGAAGAACGAUCGGCUGCGACGCCGGAGGCAGGGAUGGUGGGGCGAGGAGGAGCGGGACGGACAGGGUCGGGGGCAGAAGAAGCGGUCGAGGGGACGGCACAGCCGGGUCAUGCUGCCCCUGCCGCUGAAGGCGAAGAAGGCGGUUGGCAGUUUUGGGUUUCGGAAGGCAUGGAAGUGGCUGGCGAACCGUGA